AUGAAUACAGGUCCAUUACCGAAUGAUGUUAUUAACAACAUUGAUCCACUUAUUACUAUUCUACUAGUGCCGAUAUUCAACAAAGUGUUCUAUCCUUUAUUAAGAAAACUAAAAAUUAAUUUCCAUAGUAUUUCACGCAUUACAGUUGGCUUCUACAUGGUUUCCUUCGGAAUGGCAUGGACAGCUUUUGUACAAGCAAAAAUCUAUCAAACGAAUCCCAAUUUUGAUUUUUCUAUUCAAUCAAACAAUCUAAGUGCUGCCUGGCAAAUUCCAUCGUAUUGUUUCUCUGCUCUAUCCCACAUAUUCGCUUCAAUAUCAGCUCUCGAAUAUGCUUAUGUGAAUGCUCCAUCGAAUAUGAAAUCAGUUGUAACAUCAGUCUAUUUCAUUACACAUGCCAUUAGUUCCGCGUUGGGAUUUGUUCUCCUACCAGUAACCGUCGAUCCAAAAUUGACGUGGAUGUAUACAGCACUCGCCUGUGUAGCGUUCAUUGCUGGAACUUUGUUUUUCUUAUGCUUCCGUCGAAGAUGUGUCUCUGUCCACGUGGAAAACAUCGACGUUCCCGAUUCCGUCGAAGAGCAAACUGAACAACGGAUCGCCUGUGUUCGUUCGAUCAGUACAGUAGAAGAUUAA